AGACAGGCAGACCAAAUAUCAGGCAGACGUCCAACCAUCAGACAGACAGGCAGAUAUACACACACACACAAAUAGGCUACAGCAGGAAUACAGGCUAAAAUUGCCAUUUCCCCCAAUGGAGGUGUUCAAAACAGAGCAGAUAGGCUAAACGUUUUUUUCCGCGUUAUCAGCUGUACUGAAGAUUGAAUCGUAUUUUCUGCUUUUUUUGUGGCGGCUGCACCGAAGAAAUAACUGCCCGCUAAACCUCUGGAGGGAGCCUGCGCAACACACACGGACCGAACCUGAGUGUGUGUGCCGCCAUGGUGACUUACGUCACACCCCGAGCACGGAUGUGUGUGUUUUGAGUGUGUGUGUGUGUGUGUGUCUCCGUGGAGUGAGAAUGUGUAGAUAGAUGUUCGAAAGGAGUGAGAGAUAGUCUGGAAGUGGACGGACAUGCACAAGAUCCGAAGAGUCACAACAGACAGUUCGCUAUCCGAUUCCUGCACGAUUCACAAAGGAUGUCGACUGAAAAUAACUUAAGGUGCUUUUUAUAAAACUGUUUAAGUGAAGAAGAAUAGUAUACACCGUUUACUCUGUCCCAUCUAUGGAGGACCCUACUGUAAUGGAGGAGAGUGUAGAGGACUCGGCCAUUACUACCUCUGUCACCACAUCAAUCCCAUUUGACAGCGUCACCAUGGAGCCAGGCCUGGCCAACGAGGAUGGGGUGGAGGUGCAAGCUGUAGCCAUGACAGACAAGGAUGCAAGCUUAACCAGCAUAGCCAUGACUUCAUCCACUGACACCAUAACAAACACUGAAGUCAACCUAGCUAUGGCAUCAUCCAUACACAGUGACGUGAACUUAGCAAUAACAUUAUCCACUGAUGCCAUGGAGUGGAACCAAGCGAGUGGAACCAUAGCCGUACCCAUAGAUAGUGGGAUAAACUCUGAUGCUAAGCCAGCUAACCCACCCAUAGCAUCAGCAUCUUUAUCAGCAGCUGCCACCGUAACAAACACUGGUGCCAACCCAGCCCUCCCCUCACCAUUUUCAUCAUCUGCUGCCAGUGGCCCAGCCCCCGGAGGCCUGCAGCCCGAGGAGGGAGGCCUCUCAGCGAUAAGCUCAUGUGGUAGUGUGGGGGUCACUCUGGAGAACAGCAAUGUCUGGAGGGAGUUCCACUGCUGUGGAACCGAGAUGAUCCUCACCAAACAGGGCCGGCGCAUGUUUCCCUACUGCCGCUACCGCCUGACGGGUUUGGAACCAACACGUCGUUACUGCCUGGUCCUGUCAAUCACCCCCGUCGACACGUACCGCCAUCGCUGGAACCUGAAGGAGUGGGAACCCAGUGGUCCUGGAGAACCACACACCCAGGCCUCAUGCCGACUCUUUCCCCACCAGGACUCAUCAGCCCUGGGGAAGGUCUGGAUGGCCAGCCUGGUCUCCUUCUAUAAACUCAAACUGACUAACCACUGCCUGGACCAGGAGGGACAUGUGUUGCUGCACUCCAUGCACCGCUACAGGCCCAGUUUACACGUUAUCCCCGUCGCAGAUGGAGACGACCUUGGCUUUGACCCUAAGCUGCUUGACCUCCAGCUCCUCGGCCCGGAGGUCAUGACCUUCACGUUCCCGCAGACCGAGUUCUAUGCAGUGACGUCGUACCAGAACACCAGGAUCACCCAGCUGAAGAUAGAUUAUAACCCCUUUGCUAAGGGCUUCCGGGAGGACAGCGGCAGCCCGCGCCUCGCAAAGCCCAGGCCAGAGCACCCUCAUGCGGGGAAGGGAGAUAUCCGCUCCCCUAGUCGUAGCUCUGUUAGGUCCAAUGGUGGUGAGGGGACUGAGCAUAUUGGGACUGUAAACGAUGUUGUGGCUGAUAUCAGCAUGAAGAAACGUUCUCUCCCUACAACUCACCCUGUGGGGGCUGAAGUCUCAGGGAAGUUGAGGAAAGUAGCUCCUGGUACAGCAGAUUCAGAUGCCAAUCAGACUAAUGUGUCUGCCAGUGAAGAGGGGAUAGAUCUGGACUACAGUGACAGUGACCAUGUCUUCCACAGGCAGUACCUCCGAGCCCAGCUAGCCCUGCCCUCAGGAGCCUCCAGGUCAGAGAACAGCCCGGGGGCUGGGGGGGAGAGACUGGGUGCUGGGAUGGACCCCUCCAUACAGGCCAGCCUGACUGCUAUCCCUCAGAAUACUUCACAGUCUACUGUGUUACACACCAACAGCUGUUCAAAACCUUUAAAACCUUCCACUGUAGAACCAAUGGAGUCUGAGGUUCCGCCUUCACAGAAGGUUCCGCUUCUAGAACCAACCAUGACCGCACCCAUUUCGCUUACAGAAACUCAAGAGGACAAGGCUGCGAGCUUAACCCCUAAAACAUCCAAACCUCAAAAGAUUGCACCGAAGCCUUCUCCUACCCCCUCACCUCUGACCCCCACCGCGUCCCCCUUUGCCGUCCCUAAGCCAUGGAAGAAGGGGCGUAAACCGGGGGGCAAUCGGUGGGGCAGUGUCGGAAAAGUCUCUAAGGGUACUAAGGCGGCGACAGCGGCUGUCACUGCAACUAGCAGCCCGAUACCUGUUGCUAUGCAACCAGAACUGGAUGACGUGGAGGGUCUACUUUUUGUGUCCUUCACUUCCAAGGAAGCUCUUGGUGUCCAUGUGGAGGACAUGCCAUCCAAUAACACAUCACCAGUCACUCAGGAACAGCCAGAGAAAACUGUACUGGAGAGUGUUGAGGAGAAGAUUGCAGGUCUGCAGACUAUCUUACUGCAAGACCUGAACACACUCAAAUACAGACAGGUCAUCCACCCUGUCCUACAGGAGGUUGGGCUGAAGUUGAGUUCCCUGGACCCAGGACUGGCCAUCGAUCUACAGUAUCUGGGGGUGCGUCUACCGCUGUCUCCGCCUGUGUUCACUGGGCUGGGCAGCGCUACCUCCACUGAUGGAAGCAGGUCCUUUGUCUCCAGGACGGGGAAGACCAGUGACCUGACCAAGAUCAAGGGCUGGAGGGACAAGUUCAUCAGGACCAAAGAGACCUCUAAGAACCACAACCCCAACCGCUCGGCCUUCUGCAGCGAAAUGCUCGACCAAUACCUGGAGAGCGAGGCCCAGCGAAUCAGCGACCGCGCUGCUGCCUUCUCCCACAAACCGCUGGGCUCCGUGGCCUAUCAGCUGCCUGUGACCAGCACCAGCUACGUGCGGACCCUCGACAGCGUUCUGAAGACACGUGCCCCCCCGCCCCCCGCCUUCUGUAGACCCUGCCCCCUCUCUCGGAAACCCCUCCUCUACGCAGCUCUAAAGAAACCCCCUCCACCCAUCAACAGGACCCCUCCUAAAGCAGCCAAACACAAACCCACACCAGCACAGGGCAAACAGCACCAUAUGACACCAGCCCAGGGCAAAGCCAGAUCUUCCUCUGUGCUACGGCCCAUCCAGGUCACCAACAGUAACAAAACUACUGCUGCUAAAGCUACAGCUGGGGUUAAAGUCACCAGCCCUCCUACUGCGCAACGGUCUCCUCCAGGUCAGGGGGCCGUGAGAAGGGACUCCAGCCCAGGGAGAGGCCUCUCCAGCGGGUUGACUGGCCUCUCUAAGAAACAGCUCAGACUGGUUGGUCUCUCUAAGAUCCAGCUAAGAAUGAUGGAGAUGGAAGAUGCCACCUUCUACCAAGGACACGAUAGAACACACAUCACUACUGAGAGAGUGGAGAGAGCCCUGAUGGCACUGCUCACUGCGCAGGGUCUCCCUAAGAGCCGUGCCCCCCAGGCCAGUCCAGUGGACAGUCCAGAGUGUGGUUCUGAGUUCUGCAGGCUGGGGUGUGUGUGUUCCAGCUUGGCCCGGGUGUCCAGGGGUCCGCUCCACUGUUACAGACCUGACUGUAUGCUGGGCUGCUCCUGCUUUAAACGCAGGAUCACCAAACAGACCACAGCAGCAGAGAACGGCCAGCACCAGACACUGCCUGUUUACACUGUGUCUAACGUGGAGCAUGAGGUCCAGCCCAAUCGAGGGGUCUGUGUCUCUACCCUGUGGGACUGCGCAUCAGGGGUGGACCCCGAACCCCUCUUCAGCCCCAAACCUGCCCCCAACAUACCCAUCAAGCCUUUAACCAGAAUCUACAACCCUGGUCCCAAGCGCUACGUACCUCGUCUCACCCCCGAGCUGCGAGAGGAGGACAAGGACCCAGUCUACAAGUACUUUGAGAGUAUGAUGACGUGCGCCAGAGUCAGAGAGUUUAACAGUCAACCGCCGCCCCAGGUGCUGCCGCCACAGGUCCACCUCUUUAAGGACAAUAAUAGUUCCAUCAUCCCCAGCAGCAGAAAGAAAAUUAUCGCUGCCAUCCUCUCACCUCCAAAUAAACCAGUAGUACGAGUGAAAAGUCCCUCCACCCAGGCCAAGAAGCCUAAAGUUCCUGAGCCCACUAGGCAGCUGGAGAUCCAGUCAGAGUGUAACUGGGACCAGCACCGGAAACUGGUCCUGGGGGUUCUGUGUCGACGUAUGACCCAGAACCGUCUGUCCGAACCCUUCAACAUUGGCCCCUACCACGUCCGCCUCCUCUCAAACACACACAAACGCAAGGCUGAGAGCACCAUCAUCAUAUUCAAGGUCUGCAUCAGCAAGGCUGAAGACGGUGAUACCGAUGAUAGUGAUGAAUCUGAUAGUGAAGUCACAGACCACAGUAGUGACGACAGUGAUGAAGACGAGGAGGAAGAGGGCAUCCCUAAGCCUGAGGAGCCGGAGAUGCAGGUUGGAGUGACUCCCUUCCUGACAGGAGUAGUGCCAGCAGGCAGACUGAAAGCCAGGAAGAAACAACCAACCUGCCCUGCUGUAGGACUAAUCCAGGUGAACGGUAAAUCCUACUCCCAGGCCAGACUGCUGCUGGGGCAGAUGGGAGCUCUGCACCCGGCCAAUCGGCUAGCUGCGUUCGUCACAGGCAGGUUGCGCUCUGUAGCCAAGGCCCCUCAAAAGUCUCUAAACUGCUUCCCCAGGACGAAGAAAACACCUGUGGGUGCUGGGCACUUGAAGACCGCAGCCACUGCUGUUGCUCCUCAAGGCAGUAGUAGUAUUAUAGCUAUGGCUAAGAAAGUAGCUCUGGCCCAGAAAGUAUUCCAGACACCAGCAGGGAAGAACAGGCUUCCUCCGUACAGACCACCAUGGUCCCUAGGUGUCACCAAAUCUAAAGGCAAAACCUCCACCAGUCAAACCACCACAAACCCUAAAGACCCAGUCGGCUCUCCCCUGCUCCUGGUACCCAUGGCCCCUCCUCCUGCCCCAGGCACCUCCCAAGGCUCGCCCCCUGGUGUAUCGCCCCCUGGUGUAUCGCCCCCUGCUGGAAAGAUGCUCCUACAGACAGUCUCCUCCUCCCAGGGCUGUAAAAUGUAUCGUCAGCCCAACGGACAGUUGAUCAAGCUGGUACCUCUGAAUCGUAUGCGUCACAUAAAGGCCAAGAAUCAAGACAAGCCAACUCGUUUUGCUACCAAGCCGUCCACUCCCAAGACAUUCCCACCUCCCCCCCCUCUCACCUCCAUCCACCCCCCUCCCCACGCUCCCCUCAUCAAAUUCAUCAUGGGCCAGUUGGGUGCCAUCACCCCAACCCAGACCUCCUCCUCUUCCUCCCCCUUGUCUCUCACUGUCUCCUCCUCCCUGAAGACCCCCAGCUUCCUGGGCCAGACUGGGACCUACUCCUUCAGGAUCUGUCCUCCGACUGCAGGGGACCAGGGCUCUAGGGGUCCAGGCCAGGGCACCGUGGGAGGCCCAGCUGGAGUGUCCCUGCCUGGGGGCUUCACCCUCAUCCAGCUCCCUAAGCCUGGAGGUACUGGAGGAGGUGCUCCCCGGCUACCUGAACUAAUCAGAACCACAGCCAUGGGUUCUGCUGGACCUGGCGAGGUAAAGGCACAGAAGAACCCAAGAGGAACCUCUUCUUCCUCUCCCUUGCCUCUGGCAUUGACACCAGUUAAAACCGAAGACCACUCCUACACCCCAGGGUUCAAUACCAAUACAUCUGACUCCAGAUCAGCUCUAGCCCAGAAAAAGCAGAGUUUGACUCAGUCAAAGGACCUUAAAUCUGACUGUAGAUCAGCCAAAGCCAACACCUCUUGUCCCGUGGAGCCCAAUGAGCUGACCUGUGAUGAGCAGAUGCUGUCGGACGAGAGUGAUGCAGAGAGAGGGGAGGUGGGGGAGGGCUCGGGACUAUGGAGCCCAGAAUCAUGGAAGAAAGACACUGAGUUCAGUCGGUUUACCACUCUAAGAAUGCAUGAGAACGGACAUCCUGAUGUUAAGGUUGAGGACUCUGAUUCGGAAAACUCCACGGACGAUUCCUCGGAUGACUCGGAUUCCGACAGUGAUGAAUAUGCCAACGAGGACGAGGAGGAACCAGUGGACAUCGAGACGGUGGAGGAGAGGAGACAGGGAAUCACCAUCGCUCAGAUGAGGGCCGCUGUCAAACACACACAAAAAACCAGUCAGGAUGGGGAAACGGCACCAAAACCAAAAGAAAAGCAUCAGAGGGAUAUGAGAGAGGAGGAGGGGUCAGGGUCUGGUGAGGGAGGGGGUCGUAAGAACCGCACCCUGACCGAGAGGCUACGUCGCGGCGAGCACCAGAAGCUCUUCACCAGACUCAAACAGGUGCUGUUCAUGGAAGAAUUGGACCCCAAGGUCUCCAAGCUGCACCUCCUCUCACAGGCUCUGAAGGAGAUUCGUACCCUGUCGGUGGACUCUGAGUCUCUGGAGGAGAAAAAGAGGAUGCUGACUGAGAUCCAGACUGUCUAUGUCAAGGAGAUCGCAUACAUGUCUGGAAAGCCAGAGGAGCUGAUCAAGGCCAAGCUGAAGGAGAUCUGGGAGAAGAAACGGACUCUAGCUGCCCAGAGGAGAGCAGCUGUCCCCCCUACCUCUAGCCCCACCUCCUCUACUUCCACCCCUAGUCCCAACACCAUGACAGUGUCCCAGGUGUCUCAAGCUAGCUCUCUGGGUCAGGCAGGAGCAGCUAGUGGCUCUGUGAAACCAGUGGCUGCUGUUUUACGCACCAAGAGCGGCAAGAUCAUACUUCCUGCUUCCAUGCUUCGUGCUUCCAAACCAGCAGGAAGAUCAGUCUACACACUGAAAGUUAUGAAGAGACCAACAGUCACCUCCCUCUUAACCCCCACCUCCUCAGCAGCCAAGGAGGUUGUGGAGAAGGAGAGAGCUGCCUCUGGCCCAGAAAAGGACCCGGGGAGAGUGUCUGGAGAGGCUGAGCAGCCCUCCGACAGCCCACCAGCAGAGAGGCCAGAACUAGGUAAGGAGGAACCACAGGCCCCUGUCUGUAAUGGAUCCAUGGAAGAAGAAAUUUCCACAGAGAAGGAUAACAGCUCAACUCCCAAAAAGAAGAAGUCACUAAUCAAUAAAAACUCAAUCAAGAGGCUUUCUGGUAUGAAGUGUCCCCUUGUGGAGAUCGCUCCCCUAAACAGUGCCAUCUGGAGGCCGUUGGAGGAACCGCAGAUGGGGGGUGAGAGUGAUGCUGGAGGCUGGGGCCUGUCUCUGACCAAGGGAGAGGCAGCCAUACUGGUGAAGGCGCUCUCUGAACACCAGGGCAUAAUAGUGGGGCGGAAGGGCAAGGAUAGACCGGUCCAACACAAUGGAAAGAAGAGCUCUGUGACACUAAAGGGCAAGGAUAGCUCAGAACUACAAAAAGAACAGGAUAGCACGGUGUCUCAGAAAGAAGCUGAUCGCUUGGUCCCACAAAAAGGAGAGGAUAGCUCAGUCACACCAAAGGAAAGUGAUAGCUCGAUCAUUCAGAAGGCAGAGGUUGGCUUGGUGACAUCAAAGGAAAAGGAUGGUUUGUUGACACAAAAGGGAGAGGGAGGCUCGACAGACAGCUCAGAGGCUCAACUACUAAAGAGAAAACGUGGAAGGCCUCGCUUGGACAUAAAAACACCACAAACUGACAUCAGAACACCACCAACUGGAGAUAUCACUACUAACCCUGCUCCGCGGGGUCGGCCCCGUAAAGUAUCGCGGAUUGGGGUGAAUAUCCCUGUGGUAAUGACCGGUGGCAAUGACCAGGCCAACGUGACACAAACCACAGGUAGUGCUAGUAACCCUACCUUAGUCACAAGAAUACCCCCAGGUCGAGACACUAACACUGGGGGUGGUGAAAUCCUACUAACACCAAGGGAACGUAGCAUAAGCCCUACGAGGCGGGGUAGAAAACCUAAAGUAUCACAGGUUGGGGUUACUACUAGCCCUGUGGCGACGACUGGGCCUGGGGGUAGCCCAGCCAGAGUGACUCAGGCUGGGGGUAGGCCUGUGAAGAGUGCUGCCGGUAGCCCUGCAACUUGGGGUAGGCCACCCAAGGUGCGGAGAGCUGGAGAUGGUUCUAGUCCGGCCAAGGUGACUAGGGAUGCGGUUCCUAGCCCUGUAACUCGGGCUGGGUUAAACCCGGCGAGAUGGACUCGUGCUGGGGGGGGUAUCCCUGUGGUGAAGACUGAGGGCAGCCCAACCCAACCUCCACGAGGAGGGGCUGAGGUUACUAGCCCUGUAGCGACGACUAAAGGAAGCCCAGGUAAAACGCCACAGGCUGUGGCUCGGCCUGGAACACGACAUGUGACCCGCGCUGUAUCGGUGAAGGGCCUUGUCAGUGGGAAGAGGACAACAAGGUCUGAUAAGGCCUAGUGAAACUGAGACUAAGGCUGCAUUUCCACACUGUUUCCAUUGGUGCAUCUCGAUACUGUAGUAGUCUAAAAUGGCGUCCACAACUUGUUUUCGCUCCUUCCACUCCGAUGACGCUGCAUUUCAGCCUAGCUCUAACCAGAGGAGCAAGAGAAUCAUUCUCCUAACAGAUGUGCCAUUAACUGUCAUUUAAAGCUAGAAUCCUUAGUUGCUGCAUCCAUUGAGUCUUGAAGAAUAUAACUUAUAAUUAAAUGCCUCAUGAGCUUAGUUCAACUGUCGUACCUCAUCAGAACCCAAAAUAUAAGCUUGUUUUACUCCAAUGUUUGUAAACAAAGUAAAUGUAAACAAACCCUGUAUAGCCUCAACACGGUUAACAUUUUUUAUGUCUUGGAUGGUUAGUCAUUGCAUCCAUAGCUUUUUCUAUAAAUUUGAGUGGUUACAUUUCACCAGGCCCGUCCCUCAGCUGCUUUUUUUAUUUUUACAAAAACAGGCGGGGAAUCGCUUUGUUAUUGUUUCAAUUAAGGAUUCAAGCUUUAAUUUGUGGAAAGAGGUCCUGAAAUCCCAUUGAGACCACCGCAUGUGCCUGUUCACAAAUCCAAAUGACCGUGGACAGUUAUGCCUGUGUGAGUUAACCCUCUCUUAGCUUUAGCACUCAUCUGCCUUCUCUGGAACACAACAAAGUAGACAAUAACUUACACCUAAAGGACAGUCCGUUUUCCCAACAUCCUAAAUCUUUGAGCAAAACAUUAAAUGAAUGUACUGUAUGAAUGUGUACUGCAGGUUUGACUGCUGUUUGAGCCGUUGUACAGGUACAUAGGACGUUAGCCCCAUAUUGGGGUGAAUGUGACACGUCAGGCAUUUUUGAUGAAGUCUAUUAUGUUCUGGAAAGUUGAUUUCUUGUUAUUUAAUCAUCAAACCACUAAUUUUUGAAGAUUACGGUAUAGAGAA